UGUGUUGCAGGAUGUGACUCUGUGUCCCGGUUGUGUUGCAGGAUGUGACUCUGUGUCCCGGUUGUGUUGCAGGAUGUGGUGCAGAAGCUGUGCGAGCUGAUGCGUAGCGACCACAUCGACACGGUCCGCCUCGCUGCUGCAGAGACGCUCAUGAAGCUGGGGAAGAGGCACCAAGUCCACACUGAGCUCAGGUUAAAGCUGGAGGAGGGGCAGGGUCUCCAGGCCCGGAUGGAGGCUCUGGAUAUAAUGGACCAUCUGAAGUUAACGGCGGCGGCGCUGCUGGAGCCGCUCCUCCGCUGCCUCAGGGAUGAGUUCCCUGCCGUCCGGAAACAAUCUUGUCUGACGGUGGCGUCUCUGCAGCUGAAGGACGGCACGGUAGUGAGGCGUCUGCUGCAGGUGGUCGAGGACGAGGCAGCUCGAGAUGUUCGACUGUCGGCCAUCGGAGCUGUGGGUGCGUUGGGUUUGUCCUCCCAGGACGUGCAGGAGGUGCUGCUGCGCUGUGUGGAGACUGAGGAGGAGGCGGAGCUGCGUCUCGCUGCCUGCCGCUUGCUGCUCAGCGCCGCCGUGCCCUCCGCCCAGCUGCAGGACUUCCUGCUGCAGCGCGUCAACGUGGAGUCUGACCAGCUGGUCCGCAGCACGAUGAAGGAGACGCUGCGUCUGUGUAACAGCGACCGGCACGAAGAUCUCCGCCUGAAGAACUACGUCAGCCUGCAGGUGCAGCAUCUGUGUGAGCGGAGCGUGAUAACGGAGAAGCUGCUGCUGCUGGAGCGGCUGCAGGCCGGGGGGGGGCGACGCCGCGGGGCGUCAGCGUGGCUGAUGAGUCAGCGAUAGGUCACCACGGGUCAGCUGAUCAGGAUCAAUAAAGGUUCAGGUUCCUCCGAUAGG